CACUUCCCACGCCCAGCUUCAGGCAAGAUCCUGACCCAAGGACUUGCAAAAGCCAAGCCAAAGCCCAAAAGUGAUACAGCCAGUCCAGUGGUCCUUGCUAAGCAGGCAGAGCUGGUGAAAGUGCCUGAGGCAAUGCAAAGAGAAAAGUCUGGUGCUCAUGUGAACAAUCCUUUCCAAUGGGAGAAGAAUGCAGCCCUGAAGGCCACCCAGACAGGUCUCUACAUUGGUUGGCGUUGCCCCCACUAUCUAUGGGACUGUUUCCGAAUUGGCGAUGAAUCCAAGUGCUUUUGCGGACACUUGUUGAGAGAGCACCGGAUCAUAUCAGACAUAUCCGUGCCUUGCAAUGUGAAUCAGUGCCGCUGCCUCAUGUUCUGCUUUAUACCAUCAAGCCCAGAGGAGCUGGGUGAGUUCUGGCUCAAGAGGCGGGCCACCUUUGACCCCAAGGCCUGGAGAGCCCAAUGUGGCUGCAAACACAGCCAUGAAAACCAUGCAGCUACCGGGUGCCAUCCCUGCAAGGCCAAAGGCUGUUGCUGCUACUGCUUUGAGUCAAAUUUCCUCUGUGCAGCCUGUGCACAUGAGACUUUCUUUGAGACUGAGGAGACCCGGCGACGAGGAGGGAGGCCUCGCGGUGAGGGGGUUACCUGGAACAGGGAUCCAUUCCAGGGUCUGUAGUCAGAAAGCCAGGCAGAAAGGCUCUCCCAUCCUCAACCAUCCCAUCCAACACUACCUCACCCUAUUAACCCCUGUAUCCCAUACCUGCAUUGGUUUCCACCCCCGGAGCAGACUAUGUGCCUUUUGCAGAGAUUCCUUCCCUCUGAGAAACCAUCAUCAGCAACUCUGACUUCAAGGUCCUACAGAAGCAGGGGCCCUCUGGCCAUCCCAGCUCUCACCCUAGUCCCCCUGGGCUCCCUGACUCACCCAGUCUCUGACCUGGCCCUACAGCUAACCCCCGUACCUGACCCUUUCACCUCUGCUCUUCCCUCCUUCAGGGACAGACACUGUCAACAGCUGGCACAGGCCUGUGUGAGCUUGGUCCAAAUCAGCAAUAAAGGAGAAGCCACUGGA